AUGUUAUGUAACGCUUUGUUUGAUGGAAGUGGUGGUGGUGACAGUGACCAUAGUGAUAUUGGUGGUGUGGCAGUGGAGAUCUCCCAAAAUUUGGGAGGAUUUAACAGACAAACAUUUGGACAUAUAUAUCAAACCCAAAGCGGAUUACUAGAUUGGCCAAAGCAGUUCCACAUUAUUAAUGGGAUUGCACGGGGGCUUCUUUAUCUUCAUAAAGAUUUCAGGUUGAGAAUUAUUCACAGAGAUCUCAAAGCUAGCAAUAUUUUGCUAGAUAUUGACAUGAACCCAAAAAUAUCAAACUUUGGAAUGGCUAGAAGUUUUCGAGGAAAUGAGACAGAAGCAAAUACAAACAAAAUGGUCGGAACAUAUGGCUACAUGUCUCCAGAGUAUGCAAUAGAUGGAUUGUUUUUAGUAAAAUCAGAUGUAUUCAACUUUGACGUUUUGGUGCUAGAGAUUGUGAGUGGAAAGAGAAAUAGAGGUUUUUAUCAUCCAGAUCACCACCUCAACCUCCUUGGCCAUUUAAGUAGACUCUACAAUGAAGGUAGAUCAUUGGAAUUGAUUGAUGAGGCUCUAUGGGACUCAUGUUACCUAACUGAAGUGUGGCAAUCAAUCCACUUGGGUCUUUUAUGUGUGAAACAAUCUCCAGAAGAUAGGCCAAGCAUGUCAUCUGUGGUUCUGAUGUUGGGUAGUGAAGGUGCCUUGCCUCAGGCCAAACAACCUGGCUUCAUCAUUGAAAGGAAUGUUCUUGAGGCUGCUAGUUCUUCAAAAGCAAAAGCUUCAGCCAAUGAAAUGACCAUUAUCUGUUAA